UAAAAAAAAAUUAGUAAGCAGAAGAAGGAAAGUUCCUUCCUUGAUCACGCAUUCACGCUCUUUGCUGACCUGACAUCUCUCUGGGAGAUUCUUCUAUUAUCACUCAGAUCACAAACAAAUCUCUCUUCUACUGUUCCCUUGUUCCUAUUACCAACCCCCCACGACGAUGCAUCAAUACUUAGUAAACUAAUUCGGCUGUCCUCUUCUCCAACUUAUCGAAAGAAGAAGAAGAAGAAGAAGAAUUCAAAGUUUCGUUUUUUACUUUGUUUUAUUUGAAUUGAUUGCUGCAACUUGUUCAAGUCUUUCUUCUCUGACCCUUCGUUGACUUCCAGGUAAACCUUUCGGAUCUCUUUAGUCUUUACCCGUUCCAUCACCUUCGAUGCGCUUUAGUUCACAUCUUCAUAUUGUGGGCUAUGGACUGAUCUGAUUUCUUUUGAAGAUAUUCAACUCUAUGUCUGAUACCUAAGCAUUCCAAGGUUUUGGAUUUUGCAUCGUGAUUCAUCUUUCUAGAAGUUUCUCCAUCUCCAGGUUCUCGAAGAAGACCACAUUGUAGUGUAUCCUCGUUUUCAUGUUUUGUUACCGCAAGUCUAUAUAUGGGUUGUUGUAAGGUGCCGGCUCUUAUUCAGGCCCAGGUAGAAAUGGGAUUGGUUAAUGAUGUUGAGCACAAAAGCCUUUUCAGACGAGAAACUGAUUCCCCACAAAGAAAAGCAGCUUCCUUGAUGGAACAAGGAUCACUUUCUCCAAGUUUUCGAGAACGUGCAACUAAAACACCUAACAACAGUGUGCUCAAGAGCUUCAAGAUCGUUAUUUUGUCCAAUAAACUCAAUCUUUUGUUGCCUUUCGGUCCUCUAGCUAUACUACUCCACUACUUGACAGAUAAUAAGGGCUGGAUCUUCUUACUGAGCUUAGUAGGCAUCACACCAUUAGCUGAACGUCUCGGAUAUGCCACUGAGCAAUUAGCUUGUUACACGGGUUCAACUGUUGGAGGCCUCCUAAAUGCUACAUUUGGAAACGUGACAGAGCUGAUCAUAUCAAUUUUCGCUCUGAAAACUGGAAUGAUACGCGUUGUACAGCUGACACUGCUCGGCUCGAUCCUUUCUAACAUGUUGCUUGUACUUGGCUGCGCCUUUUUUUGUGGUGGGCUUGUAUUUUCCCAGAAAGAGCAAGUCUUUGACAAAGGAAACGCCGUUGUGAAUUCAGGAUUGCUUUUGAUGGCUGUCAUGGGGCUACUCUUCCCCGCAGUUCUUCAUUACACGCACAGUGAGGUUCAUGCUGGGUCAUCAGAGCUUGCUCUCUCAAGAUUCAGCAGUUGCAUAAUGCUCGUUGCCUAUGCUGCUUACCUCUUUUUCCAGUUAAAGAGGCAGCCGAGUUCUUAUACUGCUCUUAUCGAGGAAACAAGCCAGAACGAAGAAUCUUCAGACGAUGAUGAAGAUCCCGAGAUCUCCAAGUGGGAAGCUAUCAUAUGGCUUUCAAUCUUGACAGCUUGGGUCUCUCUUCUUUCCGGCUAUCUUGUUGAUGCCAUAGAGGGUGCUUCAGUAUCAUGGAAGAUACCAAUCUCUUUUAUCAGUGUCAUCUUGCUUCCUAUAGUUGGGAAUGCGGCCGAGCAUGCAGGUGCUAUUAUGUUUGCCAUGAAAGACAAGCUGGACCUGUCUUUGGGAGUGGCUAUUGGAUCCUCCAUUCAGAUUUCUAUGUUUGCGGUUCCUUUCUGUGUGGUGAUCGGAUGGAUGAUGGGUGCACAAAUGGACCUAAAUUUCCAGCUAUUUGAGACGGCUACACUGUUUAUAACUGUGAUCGUUGUAGCUUUCUUUCUCCAGGAAGGGACAUCAAAUUACUUUAAAGGGUUGAUGCUCAUUCUUUGCUAUUUGAUAGUAGCUGCCAGUUUCUUCGUACACGAAGAUCCUCAUCAAGAUGAUAUAUAAACCAAACAGAAAGAACACAAUCUAAUCUGUGAAGCAGUUUGUGUCAAAAAAACUAAAACCCUGAUGAUCUCAGGAACACACCAUCUUACAUGUACAUUUGAGAUUCUAGAGUUUGUUGCUUACACUUUGAAAAGUAGCCCCAUUUUACGGUUUUUACCAUCCCUUACAUAGUGUAUCUCUUCUUAAGGUUACAAGUCUGUAAAAUCACCUUGAUAACUAUGAUGGGAAGAUUGGUACGUCUCUUCUUUCCCUAAUGGGUGGCUAUAAUAAAUUCAGAAGCAAAUUGUAGAAGUUAAAUUUUACGACUUAA